GUUCCGAGGCCAUGGCAUCAGCCACCGUCAUCGCUGGCAGCAUCGCCGGCGUCGUCUUUGUCGCCUUCCUCUUGGCCACUCUCCUCUUCAUCCUCCGGCGGAGGAAGAGGUCACGGCCGCGCCAAUCUGCUGAGGAUGUCUACUUCUCCAAGUCAGAUCAGCUGAAGCCCCUCAAGACCUACGUUGACCCCCACACUUACGAAGACCCCAACCAAGCCAUGCUCAAGUUCACCACUGAGAUCCCUCCAUCCUUCAUCACCCGCCAGAAAGUCAUCGGUGCCGGUGAAUUUGGGGAGGUGUACAAGGGCACCCUGAAGCGCGGCAGGAAGGAGGUGCCAGUGGCCAUUAAGACACUGAAGGUGGGCUACACGGAGAAGCAGCGCGUGGACUUCCUGAGCGAGGCCACCAUCAUGGGACAGUUCUGCCACCACAACAUCAUCCGCCUCGAGGGCGUUGUCUCCAAGUACAAGCCCUUCAUGAUCAUCACAGAGUACAUGGAGAACGGGGCUCUGGAUAAAUUCCUGAGGGAAAAAGAAGGUGAAUUUGGCAUCAUCCAGCUGGUGGGGAUGUUGAGGGGCAUCGCUGCUGGCAUGAAGUACUUGGCCAACAUGAAUUACGUCCAUCGGGACCUGGCUGCCAGGAACAUCCUGGUGAACAGCAACCUGGUGUGCAAAGUGUCCGAUUUCGGGCUCUCGAGGGUGCUGGAAGAUGACCCUGAAGCCACCUACACCACCAGCGGCGGGAAGAUCCCGAUCCGUUGGACGGCACCCGAAGCCAUCUCCUACCGCAAGUUCACCUCUGCCAGCGACGUCUGGAGCUACGGCAUCGUCAUGUGGGAGGUGAUGUCCUACGGCGAGCGGCCCUACUGGGAGCUCUCCAACCACGAGGUGAUGAAGGCCAUCAACGAGGGCUUCCGCCUCCCGGCGCCGCUGGACUGUCCCUCGGCCAUCUACCAGCUGAUGAUGCAGUGCUGGCAGCAGGAGCGCUGCCGGCGCCCCAAAUUCCCCGACAUCGUCAGCAUCCUCGACAAACUCAUCCGCGCCCCCGACUCCCUCAAGGCACUGGCAGAUUUCGACCCUCGGGUGUCCAUCCGGCUGCCCAGCACCAGCGGCUCCGAGGGCGUCCCGUUCCGCUCGGUGCCGGAGUUUUUUUUCUCCCUAUUUAUUCCUCUCCCACCAGGUUUUUGGGUGUAUUUUUUUGCCCUUUAUUGCUGAUCUGCCAGUGUUGCCUUGUAUUUUGUAACCUAAUUUAUUCUAUUUUUGUAUAUUUAUUGCGAGGAAUUAAAGGUCGUGUCGGGUUUGGGAGAGAAAAAAGGGGGAAAUUUUAAAAACCCAGCUCGGAUGCUUUUUCCCCCCCUUUUUUCAUAGAUUUAUG